AGGGCCAGAGUGGCUGGGUGAUUUUGGCUGGGCGAGUAAGAGCCAUGGCGGGCGUGGUGGAUUUCCAGGACGAGGAGCAGGUGAAGUCCUUUCUGGAGAACAUGGAGGUGGAGUGCAACUAUCAGUGCUACCGCGAGAAGGACCCGGACGGUUGCUAUCGGCUGGUGGACUAUUUGGAAGGGAUCCAGAAGAAUUUUGAUGAGGCUGCCAAGGUGUUGAAGUUCAACUGUGAAGAGAACAAACACAGUGAUAGCUGCUACAAACUGGGGGCCUAUUAUGUGACUGGGAAAGGUGGACUAACCCAGGAUCUGAAAGCUGCCUCCAGCUGCUUUCUGAUGGCAUGUGAGAAGCCGGGAAAGAAGUCCUUGGAGGCAUGCCACAACGUUGGCCUCCUGGCACAUGAUGGACAGGUCAGUGAGGAUGGCCAGCCUGAUCUGGAGAGGGCCAGAGACUACUACACAAGGGCCUGCGAUGGCAGCUAUGCUUCUAGCUGCUUCAACCUCAGUACCAUGUUCCUGCAGGGCGCCCCCGGCUUUCCCAAGGACAUGGGCGUGGCAUGCAAAUACUCAGUGAAAGCCUGUGACCUAGGCCAUGUCUGGGCCUGUGCCAAUGCCAGCCGCAUGUACAAGCUGGGGGAUGGUGUCGAUAAGGACGAAGCUAAAGCUGAAGAGCUAAAAAAUCGGGCCCGGCAGCUGCACAAAGAGCAGCAGAAAAAUGUCCAGCCUUUAACAUUUGGGUAGUAUGGCCCACCCUCCUAGGCAACUUGACAGCUUGAGGCUGUCACCUCCUAUUUCUGAUGCAGUCCUUGGAGGUCAACCUGCUGGAGCAGAAAGACUUGGGAUUUAAUAUCAGUAACUCUGGUUGUAUAGACCCAUUGCCCCAAAGUGUCACCUACGGGGAUGUAGUCUGAAAUGUGUAUUUCAAUCAGUAUUCCUUUAUCUGGUGUGAUCCACAUUUAUGGGAUUUUGGUUCUCAAACUCUUGCAGCUCUGUGAAAAACAGCAAACCAGUGAGCCAUAGAGAUUGGAGGGGUGGGCAGGAGAGACAGAGCAGGGAGUUGGAAAAAUUAGCAGCUACAAGGGCCUGAAAGAAUCAGACAUCAUCAUCAUUAUU